AAAUAGAGUAAAAAGUAGCAUCAGUGAUGUUGCUGAUUAAAUUACCAAACUAUCAUGGCAAGAAGGAAAUCUAUCAUCCUUAAACUGUCACGUCAGUGGCUAUUGUGAAACAAUAAUGAACUCUUAACGACUCUUGGAAAUGGCCAAGGAGUAAUUUAAUGGAGAAUAAAUUUCAACCUGGCCAGCUACUAUCACAUUCCAUGAACAAAAAUUGAGUAACUUCCGAGCAUUACUGAGAAUUAUGUUAGAUGGUUGAAGACAUUACAACUUAUAUUUAAACAUAUGCUGGAAAUGACCAAAACUUAUCUAAUUCAAUGAGAUAAAUUUGCCUAUUAUAAAGCUUCAUUCUGUUCUGCAGAAAUGAUAUUCACCUGGUACAUCUAGGUCUAUUGUAAACAUAAUUUUGAUAAUUUUUGAUCAUAAUUAUCUCCUGCCCACUUCCAAUAUAGCAAUCAUCCUACUGAAACUUCUUGAAGUGAAAAUUUAGAGUUACUGGGAUCAGCUGUGAGACUAUAGAUGAAAAGCAUGAGAUUACUUGUGUUUUUUUUAGUUAUAUGUACUGUGUUGAACACCUUGAUCUGGAGGUGCUCAUGUGUACUACUGAAUGACAAUAAACUUGAACUUAAUUUGCAAUUUAUAGUUACAACUGAUCAAAUCAAAAUAUAAAUUCUGCUCAACUCCUGUCACCAACAUGCCUGAAAAGCAAAUCAGACUGUCACAACUAAAAUUUAAGGAAGUUUAUUUGAUUUCUUAAUGACUUAUGAAGCACCUUUCAAAGAUUUAAGCUUGGUAAACAAAGUAAAACUUUUGCCCAUUAUUAUAACAUCAAUUUCUAUAAAGAAUGGUUCUGAUGUACUGAUUUAUAGAAUUCUGAAUAGUUAAAAAGUCAUAAUACACAAAGCUUUAGUAAAACUAUACAAAAAACUGAAAGAUGCAACUGCCUGAAACUACAAUGAUUUAGAUAGACAAAGAGAAAAUCUGCAGCUGCUGAAAAUCCGAGCAGCACUCAAAAUGCUGGAGGAACUCAGCAGGCCAGACAACAUCAAUGGAAAAGAGUACAGUCGACGUCUCCGGCCAAGACCUUUUCGUAAGAAUUCAGCUGGAUGAUUGGAAAGAAAUCUUUCUAGAACGAUUAUUAUUUUUCUUUCUAAACUACUAGCCUAAAUCAUGCAGCACACGGAGACCUUCUGUUUCCAAUCUAAUCAUAUCUUCUAGGUAUUUGAUGUCCUUUCAGUAUCACUGAAGUGGAAUAUGGUAUUUCGCCAUUUCAAGGUUAACCUCUGAGCAUUUAAAAAAAACAUGUGCUCCUCCAGAGCAAAACCCUCCACCCUUCUACCCAAAAACAAAUUGUAGAAUUUAUUUAAUUUCAUUUCUGUUUGUUAACCCAUUAUAGCUACACAAAGUAGAUCUGCUCAGGCCAGCAAAGACUUCCAUUACUACAAUGAAGCUGAGAGGGCAAAAGAAAAACCCACAAAAUAUUACCUGCUUGAAAACUGAAAUAAACACAGAUCAUGCUGCGAAUGCUCAGGUCAGACAGGAUCUGGAGGCAAGAAGCAUACUUGAAGUUUCAGGUCAUCAGGACUGAUUUCAAAAAUCCACUCUAAUGAAAGAUCACUGUCCUGCAGCUUUAAAAGUCUGUCUCUGUCUCUGUGGAUAUUGCCCGGCCUUCUGGGGAUUUCCACUGGUUUUGUUUUUGAUUUCAGAAAGCAAAAAAGUUCUGCCAAUAAUUGUGGAAUAUGAAAAGGAGUUUACUCAAAGACAUUGCUGGGGACAGGAAUCAGGACAAAAUGAGUCAACAAUUUGAAGAGCUGCAACUACAAUCACCAUCAUAAAAAAAACACCCCAGGGGAGUUGUAGCCUUGCAGAAGCAUAACAUUAAUCUUACUGUAAAAGUUCUGGAACUGAACAGGAAACAAAUGAUCCAAACAAAUGCCAUUACUUUGUUCUUAUGGUCCAGGUCAUGACAAAUUUAGCUGCACUGAGAUUUACUUGCAAUGAUUUAACAUCAGAAUGAAAACUUUGGAUUCUCAGGAGUUUCUGAUCGCGUCCAAGAUAUCCUGAAGUGGGAGGGUGAGGAGCCAGAGGUCGUGAUACAUGUAGGUACCAAUGACAUAGGUAGGAAAGGGGAAGAGGUCCUGAAACGAGAGUAUAGGGAGUUAAGGAGAAGGACCGCAAAGGUAGUAAUCUCGGGAUUACUGCCUGUGCCACGUGACAGUGAGAGUAGGAAUGGAAUUAGGUGGAGGAUGAAUGCGUGGCUGAGGGAUUGGAGCAGGGGGCAGGGGUUCAAGUUUCUGGAUCAUUGGGACCUCUUCUGGGGCAGACGUGACCUGUUCAAGAAGGACGGGUUACACUUGAAUCCUGGGGGGACCAAUAUCCUAGCGGGGAGGUUUGCUAGGGCUACAGGGCAUACUUUAAACUAGUAAGAUGGGGGGGGGCAGGAAUCAAUUUGAAGAAACUAAGGGAGAGGAGGUUAGUUCACCAGUAGAGCAAGUAAGUAGACAGUGUGUGAGGGAGGAAAGGCAGGUGAUGGAGAAGGGAUGCGCUCAGCCCGAAGAUGUAGGGGAGAAGAAAGAAAAGGAUAAUAAAUUUGAAUGCAUUGUUAGGGAUGAAAAGAGAGGAGGAGGUGGAGAGUAUCUUAAAUGUAUCUAUUUUAAUGAUAGGAGCAUUGUAAGAAAGGUGGAUGAGCUUAAAGCGUGGAUUGAUACCUGGAAUUAUGAUGUUGUAGCUAUUAGUGAAACAUGGUUGCAAGAAGGGUGUGAUUGGCAACUAAAUAUUCCUGGAUUUAGUUGCUUCAGGUGUGAUAGAGUAGGAGGGGCCAGAGGAGGAGGUGUUGCAUUGCUUGUCCGAGAAAAUCUUAUGGCGGUGCUUUGGAAGGAUAGAUUAGAGAGCUCCUCUAGGGAGGCUAUUUGGGUGGAAUUGAGGAAUGAGAAAGGUGUAGUAACACUGAUAGGAGUGUAUUAUAGGCCACCUAAUGGGGAGCGUGAGUUGGAAGAGCAAAUGUGUAAGGAGAUAGCAGAUAUUUGUAGUAAACACAAGGUGGUGAUUGUGGGAGAUUUUAAUUUUCCACACGUAGAUUGGGAAGCUCAUUCUGUAAAAGGGCUGGAUGGUUUAGAGUUUGUGAAAUGUGUGCAGGAUAGUUUUUUGCAACAAUACAUAGAAGUACCGACUAGAGAUGGGGCAGUGUUGGAUCUCCUGUUAGGGAAUGCGAUAGGUCAGCUGACAGAUGUAUGUGUUGGGGAGCACUUCGGGUCCAGUGAUCACAAUAGCAUUAGCUUCAAUAUAAUUAUGGAGAAGGACAGGACUGGACCUAGAGUUGAGAUUUUUGAUUGGAGAAAGGCUAACUUUGAGGAGAUGCGAAGGGAUUUAGAGAGAGUGGAUUGGGUCAAGUUGUUUUAUGGGAAGGAUGUAAUAGAGAAAUGGAGGUCAUUUAAGGGUGCAAUUAUGAGGAUACAGAAUCUUUAUGUUCCUGUUAAGUUGAAAGGAAAGGUUAAAGGUUCGAAAGCACCAUGGUUUUCAGGGAUAUUAGAAACUUGGUUCAGAAAAAGAGGGAUGUCUACAAUAGAUAUAGGCAGCAUGGAGUAAAGGAAUUGCUCGAGGAAUAUAAAGAAUGUAAAAGGAAUCUUAAGAAAGAGAUUAGAAAAGCUAAAAGAAGAUACAAGGUUGGUUUGGCAAAUAAGGUGAAAGUAAAUCCGAAAGGUUUCUAGUUAUAUUAAAAGCAAGAGGAUAGUGAGGGAUAAAAUUGGUCCCUUAGAGAAUCGGUGGUCAGCUAUGCGUGGAGCCGAGGGAGAUGGGAGAGAUUUUGAACGAUUUCUUCUCUUCGGUAUUCACUAAGGAGAAGGAUACUGAAUUGUAUAUCAAUAUAUUAGAGAGAGCACAGAGACGAUUUACUAGGAUGUUACCUGGGUUUCAGCACUUAAGUUACCGAGAAAGGUUGAACAAGUUAGGUCUCUAUUCAUUGGAGCGUAGAAGGUUGAGGGGGGAUUUGAUCGAGGUAUUUAAAAUUUUGAGAGGGAUAGAUAGAGUUGACAUGAAUAGGCUGUUUCCAUUGAGAGUAGGGGAGAUUCAAAUGAUUUGAGAGUUAGGGGGCAAAAGUUUAAGGGAAACAUGAGGGGGUAUUUCUUUACUCAGAGAGUGAUAGCUGUGUGGAAUGAACUUCCUGUAGAAGUAGUAGAGGCCAGUUCAGUUGUGUCAUUUAAGGUAAAAUUGGAUAGGUAUAUGGACAGGAAAGGAGUGGAGGGUUAUGGACUGAGUGCGGGGAGGUGAGACUAGGUGAGAUUAAGAGAUCGGCAUGGACAAGGAGGGCCGAAAUGAGCUGUUUCCGUGCUGUGAUUGUUAUAUGGUUAUAAGGGAGAAGGUCAAAUCACUGGGUAAUUUAUUUCUAUGAUAUAGUCAGAAGAAAGUUACAUAUGUAGGAAGGAGAAAAUAUAACUGCCAACCAUUAGGAUAGAGAAAACAAAUGACUUAGUGUAGAACUUAUUUCUUCACUAAAUUAUUAGUCUCUGGGGGAAUGUCAGAUAAAAUCACAACCAAGGAAUUAUGCAGUGGGCAAUGGGAAGUUGGGAAGAGGUGCUGAUUAUGGGAAGGUAAAUGUAAAUUUUGUACUGAGGGAAAUUUAAAGUACUCUUUACCAUCGUGAUCAAGAUCCCCUUAAUGGUAUAUUAUUUCCACCCGCUGGACAAAAGGUCAUGUUAAAAUAGUUAGCGUGGAAAGAUCUGGAAAAGAAUCCAGUUAAGCACUCCAUGUAAGAACCAAUAACACUGAAAAGACAAAGACCAUAAGACAUAGGAGCAGCAUUAGGCCAUUCAGCCCAUCAAGUCUAUUCUGCCAUCAUGGCUGGUUUAUUAUCCCUCUCAACCCUAUUCUCCUGCUUUCUCUCCAUAAUCUUUAAUGCCCUUACUAAUUGAGAACCCAUUGACGAUGGCUGAUUCUUCACUUCAGAAGAUCAGGAGGGAACUCCACUGCUGUAGGACUACGUUUCCUGCCUGCACAGCAUAGUGAGGAUCGGUGCGCGUGGUUCCAUUCCUAAGGCUGGGGGAUGUUCCACAAUGGCCGGUGAGCUGUGACAACUGCAGCAACCCCCAAGACUGAAGGUUGAGCAACCAAGUUUUGCUUCUCCUAAGCAGACUUUCUGGCAAGGCUAACAAGUCUCAUCUACUUGGGUUUGGAAUCCAAGUUGUCCUUCUCCUAGGCUGGCUACCAACCGAGGCUGAUGAGCCCAGCCUGCCCGCCCGGCUAUACCACUGACCUCACGGUUGCACCAUGACAUAACAGGGACGCCACGUGAAGGUGUUGCUAUGGGCACAGUAGUGCAACAGAGACCAUAUGCGAGUGACCUCCUGCAUGGCAAACCAAACAGUGGUCCUGUAGCAAUCACUACACCCGGAAAGGAGAGGCUAUGGGAGAAGCUUCACCAUCCUUAAGUGAGCAGGACACCCAGUCCAGGACUCACCCGUCCCCAAGAACCUAUUAACUUCCACUUUAAAUAUACUUAAUGACUUGAUGUCCAUCUGUGACAAUGUAUUCCACAUUGUUGUACCACCCCUUUUGUUUCUAAAUUCAGUCUUUACGAGUCCACUUAAAAGUAUAAACAUAGCAGAAAAUGAAAAAUAAAGGUGCUUCCAUAAGGAACAGGAUACAAAGCCUGGAUUUUCCUAGCAGUUUCCAGCAGUUUCGCCCACACAGAAGUCCACACGUUACUGGUUCACUCCAUUGGCCAUUUCCUAGUGGGCCCUGCUGCUGGACUCCCCAAGGAGUUCAACAGUGGAGCACAAACUUGCUGAGAGUUCCCAGCACCAAGUUAGUACUGACACA